GUGUCCCCCCCCCCCCACCUUCCAGCCGCCGCCGCCGCGAUGCCCUCCGAGAACCAGGGCACCGAGCUGGACCUCAGCUGGCUCACCAAGGUGCAGGUGAACGGUUCGGCGGUCGCCCGGAGAGCCGAGCAGAUUCAGGCCCGGAGAGCUCUGAAGAAGGACUGCCAGGCGGCCUGGCUCCUGCGAGCCGUGACCUUCAUCGACCUCACCACCCUGUCCGGCGAUGACACCCCCUCAAACGUGCAGCGGCUGUGUUACAAGGCCAAACACCCCAUCCCAGAAGACCUCCUCGAGGCCCUGAAUCUGCACGAUAAAGGGCUGAGCACGGCGGCCGUCUGCGUCUACCCGGCCCGGGUGCGAGAUGCGGUCAAGGCGCUCCAGGCCGCCGGGGCUCACAUCCCCGUGGCUUCAGUGGCCACCGGCUUCCCGGCUGGACAGACCCAUCUGAAGACGCGGCUGGAGGAGAUCCGAAUGGCCGUGGCCGACGGCGCGUCCGAGAUCGACGUGGUCAUUAACAGGACGCUGGUGCUCACCGGACAGUGGGAAGCGCUGUACGACGAGAUCCGGCAGUUUCGCCAGGCCUGCGGAGACGCCCACCUGAAGACCAUCCUGGCCACCGGCGAGCUGGGCUCCCUGACCAACGUGUACCGGGCCAGCGUGGUCGCCAUGAUGGCAGGGUCGGAUUUCAUCAAGACGUCCACGGGAAAGGAGACGGUCAAUGCCACCCUCCCCGUCGCUCUCGUGAUGAUGCGGGCCAUCCGGGAUUAUUUCUGGAAAACGGGGAUUAAGGUGGGCUUCAAGCCGGCCGGCGGCAUCCGCACGGCCAAGGAGUCGCUGUCGUGGCUGGCCCUGGUGAAGGAGGAACUGGGCGGCCAGUGGCUCCGGCCGCAGCUGUUCCGCAUCGGUGCCAGCUCCUUGCUGAGCGACAUCGAGAGGCAGAUCUACCACCACGUGACGGGGAGAUACGCCGCCCAUCACGAUCUCCCUCCGGCUUAAACCGACCGAGAGGUCGGCGCGGACCGGGAGGCGACCGCGGGGAGAGAGAAACGAUCUAUUGUUGAAACCGCGUGAUGAAAAAUAAGAAAAUCGGGAGUGGGCGAGGAGGUUUCCCCUGGCCGGAUUCCGUCGCGUUCGGGCCGGGGCCAGAGAGGGAAUCCGACGGGGUCAACGGGGCGCGGACGACGUCCGAGAGGUGGCGGGUGGCGGGAUGCUCCGGGGGAAGGUUUUCCGGGCCGGGCCCGAGGCGUCGGCCACCGACCGGACCCGCACGACAAUCGAGUCCCGCGACAGACGUCCAACCUCCUCACGAAGCACCGUCUUGGCGGGGUGACGGAGCUGGGCGACGCCUAAUUAUUGCCCCACGAUUUUGAUUCGGCGCUCAUUUUCUCCUCCCGUGAAGAUCCGUCUUUCGCUUUGGCCCCGGAUGCUUUUUUGAUGAAUUGUUGGGAUGUGAAAUGUCUAACUUCGUAAUUGGAAGAGUCGACUCUCGCUGAUUAUUUUUUCUCAAUAAAAACUGCGGUUCAAUCGAUUGGAAAA